AUGAAUUUAAACACGAAUUCGUUUUUUCAAUUACUUAAGGAUUCCAAUCCUAAUGAAAACCCAAACCCUUAUCAAAACUUUUUGUAUCCACAAUUUCAAGGAUACCCAAACACCCAAUUCCCAAAUCCCACCUUCUCUCAAUUCUCAAAUACUGGGUUCACCCACUAUUCAAAUCCCGGGUUCACCCAGUACCCAAAUCUCGGGUUCACCCAACACCCGAAUCUUGGGUUCACCCAAUACCCAAAUCGCGGGUUUACCCAAUUCCUAAAUAAUGGGUUCUCUCAACCAUUAACUAACCUCCCGCAAAGUCCAGCCAUCUCAACCACUAAAACAUCAACGGUUGAACCACUCACUUGUAGUGUAGAUGAAUCCCCAUCCCCACAGCUCAAGGCAACCAAAAAGAAAAGGGGCAAAGCAGUUGAAUCUUCAGAACCACAAAAAAGACAAUUGUGGUCAACUGAGGAAGAAGUCAUUCUCACAAAGGGGUGGUUACAUAUUUCAAGCGACGAGAUUACCGGGAACUCCCAAAAGAAAAAUGACUUUUGGAAGCGCGUCCAUGCAUAUUUCACCAAGGGUACCAGUGUGAAGAGAACAGUGGACAAUGUGAGAACUUACUGGCAUAUGAUAAGAUCUAAGGUGACGUCUUUUAACAACAUCUACAAUCAACUAUUGGGCCAAAAAAUAAGUGGCUGUUCUGAUGACGUGUUACUUAAUCGUGCCCGUGAAAUGUACUAA